AUGCGCGCCGACGAGUACGAGUCGCGCGACGACGAGAACCCCUUCUUCAGCGACCCGCCGGCCGCCGCGCCCGUGGAAGAAUCGUCGCUGUCCAUCGGCGAGCAGCGCCGGCUCAAGGACGAGCUGCGGCGCAUGCAGGACGAGAACCGCGCUCUCAAAAAGCGGCUCGCCGCCGGCGCGGACCUCGAGGCGCAGCCGCUUCUGGCGGCGCCGGCGCCGGCGCCGCUCACGGACCACGCCGAGGGUCCGCUCGCCGCGGCGCUCGCGGACGACGCGCGCGCGUGCGCGAGCGUGUCCGCCGCCGCGGCGAGGUACGGCGCGCCGGGCCCGGGCCGGCGCUCGGGCGUGACGGCGCUGCACGUCGCCGCGGGCAACGGCUCCGGCCGCGCGCUGCGCGCGCUCCUGGCGCGCGGCGACGCCGCGGCGCUCCUCGAGGCGCGCGACGCCGGCGGCCGGACGCCGCUGUACCACGCGGCGGAGCACGGGCGGCUCGACGGCGUCGUCUGCCUCUGCGCCGCGGGCGCCGGGAGCGCCGCCGACGGGUCGGGGAAGACGCCCGCGCACGUCGCCGCGGCGCGCGGCGACGCGGACGCGCUGAGCGUCAUGGGCUUCUACGGCCUGGACCUGAACGGCGCCGCGGCGAGCCGCGACGCCGUCGACGCCGUCGAGCAGCUCGUCCUCGCGGAGCGCGUGCCCGUGCGCGACGCCGAGGCCCUCGCGGCCGCGCGCGAGGGCCGGAGCUUCUGGUCCGCGCGCUGCGCGCGGUCGAACGCGGGCUACGGCGACGGCGCGCCCGUGCUCGCCUGCCCGACGGUGCCGCGGGAGCCGCGGUGCGCCUGGCCCAUCUCGGAACGAGGCCCGCUCAACGCGUCGCUGUGUCCCCGGCGCUGGGCCAUCGCGACGGCCGUGCUCGCCGCGCUCUACGCGACGUUCGUGACGUCGAGCGGCGCGUCUCUCGGGACCGUGGAGGCCCUCGCGCUCGUCGCGCUCGUCUCCACGGCCGCGGGGUCCUACUGCUACUACGUGGCGGCGACGGCGGACCCCGGCCUCCUGCGCGACGAGCCCGCCGCGCGAAAGGCCUACGCCGCGGCGCUCGCGGCGCUCGCGCGCGACGGCGACGCGGCGCGGCGGUCGCCGGUCGUGCUCCACCACCGGGCCAAGGUCGCGGGCCCGCCGCGGUCCAAGUUCGACGCGUCGACGCGCGGCGUCGUCCUCGACUUCGACCACUACUGCGUCUUCCUGCGGCGGCCCGUGGGGCGGGGCAACUACGGCGCGUUCCUGGGCGUCGUCGCCUUCGCGUUCGUCGCGUGCGCGGCGCUCGUCGCCGCCGGGGGCCUCGCGGCGGCGGAGAAGCACGCGGACCGCGAGUCGGCGACCUGGGACGUGCUCGUCGCGGUCUACUUCGGGUGCUUCGCGCUGCUCUGGGGCCAGCUCCUGCUCCUCCACGCGUACCUCGCGCUCCGCAAGAGGUGUUGA